GUCGUCCUUAAUCGAGCGGACGCCACCCAUAAAUCAGAUUCCAGCUCUUAACUAGUCUAGUUGGUAGAUAAUCCAUCUCCAUAUAAACCCGACCGUCCUUCCCUUCCUUGCCUAGAAACAUCUUGCAUGGACACCUUUGCAGAGCCAUACACCCGCGCAGGCGACGACAUCUCUCUCGACGCAGUCCGCAAGCAGGUUUCUGCACUCGAAGACGCUCAUCGCACACAGGGCACGCCUCUCUCCGGCCGAAUCGUCCAUGUAUGCCACUACUUGCCAGUCGUGCCCUCUCUUGUCACUCGCACACCCGCCGGCGUCCUCUCGCCUCCACCCACUCCUCCUGUUCUACCGGGCGAGGUACCACCAAGCCCAUCGGACGAGUCAGCAGCAGCCACCGCUGCCAAUGGGGCCCAUGGUGACUCCAACUCAUUAGAUCCGAAAAGGUGGAAACUCGCACCGCGCUAUGGCCACGCUGCCAUGUUCUCAGGUAUCCGCUCCCUCUCAGCCACCCACGAUCAGCUCAUCGUCGGAUGGACUGGUGAUAUCAUGUCCGUCCCCAAUGGGGCUACCUCCAACCCGGAGGAGAACGUGGCACCCUCGGGUGAACGCGUGCCUAGUGCUCAGGUGACUCAGGCAGACAGGGACGCCCUCGAAGCCGAGCUCGUCGGUUACGACGAUGACGGUCAGGGCACCACCGGAGCACAUAAGAUCGAUUACGUUCCCGUCUGGUUAGAGGACAAGGUCGCUCACGGCCACUACGAUGGAUAUUGCAAGAUGACUCUCUGGCCUCUCUUCCACUACCUCCUCUGGCAAGAUGUCGCUACCGAGUAUGCGUCCGCUGACGCAAACUACGAACAAUACGAGCAGGCUAAUCAAGCCUUUGCAUCCCGCCUCGCAUCCGUGCUCAAACUUGGCGAUGUUGUCUGGGUGCACGACUACCAUCUUUUACUCGUUCCUCGUCUGUUGAGGGCAGCCGUGGGCGAGCGAGGUUCAGAUGUCAUCAUCGGGUUGUUUGUCCACACCCCAUUCCCGAGCUCUGAGGUAUUCAGAUGCCUGCCGCGCAGAAAUGAAAUCCUUGAAGGAAUGCUUGGCGCCAACCUCGUGUGUUUCCAGACAUACUCCUACUCCCGACACUUCCUCUCCACUUGUGUCCGCGUCUGCGGACACGAGACCACAUCUCGCACGGUCGUCGCACCCACGAUACCCACGAAUAAUCCGGCCGCAUCGAACCUUAACGGCUCAUGUUCUUCUCCAUGCGCUAAUGCUAUCACCACCAUCGCCACUACCGGGAAGACUGCAGGCCCAGUCGAGCUCGAACGGUCACCCACGAAACGCAACAUUGGUGAGAAAUAUGUAGGCGUCGACGCCCAGGGUCACUUCGUCGCUGUCGGGCAUUGUCCCGUCGGGAUCGAUGCGGAGAGAGUGAAGAGGGAUACCCUGAGACCUGGUGUUCAGCCGAAGCUUGAUGCGCUUAGAACCUUGUAUAGAGAUAAAAAGAUCAUAGUUGGAAGAGAUAAGUUGGACGUCGUCAAAGGGGUCCUUCAGAAGCUCCGUGCAUUUGAGAAGCUCUUACACGAUUAUCCAGAGUGGAGAGGCGAGGUGGUACUUAUUCAGGUGACGUCCCCGGCUUUGACGGAUUCGCCCAAGUUGGAAAGGCAAGUCUCCGAGCUCAUCGCACACAUCAACGGAGAAUACGGAAGUCUCCAUUUUAUACCCGUUCACCACUACCACCAAACACUUAAGAAAGAUGAAUUUUAUGCGCUAUUAGAAGCAGCUGACCUAGGCGUAAUCACCCCCCUCCGAGAUGGAAUGAACACGACGUCCAUGGAGUUUGUGAUCGCACAGGAGAUAACCAAGAAGUCGCCGUUGGUGUUGAGCGAAUUUAUGGGCAUUAGCCAACAUAUGUCUGAGGCAUUACUGGUUAACCCCUGGGAUCUUGGUGACGUUGCCGCUGCCAUGAACCGCGGUCUUCUCAUGUCCGAAGAAUCGAAGGCCUCGAGACAUGCAGCACUCCAUCGCGUCGUGACGACGCACACCUCUCACACCUGGGCGUCCGUCCUCGUGAAAAUGUUACUCUCCCAGAUCACUGGGCAGACUACGGCGAGGCGCACGCCGUACUUACCCAAGGAUAGGCUGAAGGAGAGCUACGAUCGGGCGAAGAAGAGGCUGUUUUUGUUUGAUUAUGACGGGACAUUGACCCCGAUCGUCAAGACCCCCGCCAUGGCCGUUCCCUCCAACGAUGCCCUCCUUGCGCUGACAAAACUCACUUCCGACCCAGCUAACAUCGUGUAUAUCGUCUCGGGGCGAGACCAAGCCUUCCUCGAACUCCACCUUGGCCACAUCCAACACCUCGGUAUGAGUGCCGAACACGGUGGCUUCGUACGCGAACCUCACGACAGCAAUCGCAAGUGGAUUAAUUUCACGGAAAAGUUGGAUAUGGGAUGGAUGGAAGAGGUUUUGGAGAUAUUCAAGUAUUACACGGAACGGACGACCGGAAGUCACAUUGAGGUUAAGAAGUCUGCAAUCGUGUGGCACUAUAGAGCCAGCGAUCCGGAGUGGGGGUUGUUCCAGUGCAGGCAGUGCCAAGACUUAUUAGAGAAUAACGUGGUUUCUAAGCGCCCGAUCGAGGUGCUUGUUGGGAAAAAGAACCUCGAGGUCCGGCCGAUCGCUGUCAACAAGGGCGAAAUUGUCAAGCGUCUCUUAUACACGAAUCCGGAUGCAGAGCUCGUCUUUUGUGCGGGUGAUGACAAAACCGACGAAGAUAUGUUCCGCGCACUCCAUGUUUUCCCUUCCUCUCCCUCUGGGAGGACGACCAUGGAAGCACCCCUCUCAGUAACACUCGCCAAUAAAUCCUCGUCGUCUUCCGGCUCGUCUCCCGCAGCACCGGAUGUCGAACUUGCGAUUCAGCCUGAAGAUAUUUUCACUACCUCCGUAGGACCCAGUUCGAAGCGGACGCUGGCAGGUUGGCAUGUGACGACUCCUGAGGAGGUCGUCGAUCAUAUGUUGUAUAUCCUCGGGGAGCGGGGUAAUGGUGCUACUGGGAACAGCAGCUCGCCCGCGAACGCUGAGACGUCCUCGCUCUAAAGCGGGGGCGUGACGGCUGGCAGCGCCUGCAAGUGCUCGUGGUCGGGCUUUGGACAAUACUAUUAUGUAGACAAUGAUGGCGAUGGUGAUCAUAGAGCACAGUUGAAAGUGGGAGGCUGUCUAGAGAGGCGGGCGGUAAGUUCGUCUCUCUUAGCUUCGUCAAUGGUGGGCUGUUUUCCGGCGGGUUGGUCAUCUUUACUUUUCGCAUUCUCUAAGUUAGUGAAUCCUGCAAGAUCAGGAAUGACAUGUCUAUAUACACCGUCUGCAAUAGAGAUUCCCUGUAUUUUCUUCGAUAGUGGGCGGCACUGAAGGGGUAAAGGUAAUCAAAUUUUGUUCUCAUGCACGCCUACGUAUCUCAGUUCCUAGGGAUGAAGCCGAAGCACUGAGCUGCAUAUAUACCACGGUAGUUGAUCCC